GGGUUCAAGAUGCUGACCGUCGACGUCGAGGACAUCGUCGUCGAGUACCCCGACACGUUCGCCCUGAUGCAGGACCUGCAGGCCAUGGGCGAGAGCAACGCCAUCCUGCAGCGCGAGCUAGGCCCCAUUUCGCGCGACGUGCUGCUGGCCAACGAGGCCAUCUAUCGCGAGCUCCACAAGGAGGAAGGCGAGGCAGCGGCUAACAGCCGGGGCGGUAUCCCCGCCACGUUCAGAAUCAUCUACAUGAUCGGAUGGAAAGAGGGAGAGGGACAGGCGCAGCCCUUGGAGAGGGGAAGUGGCCAGAUAGAUAAGACAUGGGUUGAGGUCGGGCUCUAG